AUGGGAUGGAGCAAUGUUGACUCGCAGAGAACUCACGCAGAAGUCUCCAAUCAAGAGACCUUGCACCCGAUCAUUACCGCAAAGCGACAAGCAUCCGCGAUGGCCCAGACAGUCAUUACGACCCAACAGGACGCGCUGGGCCAAGCGCUAUCGCGCACACACAAGAUUGGGGACAUCCUUGGCUGUUUUACGUUCGGCAAGGCAGCUGAUCGCCAGCCGAGCAUUUAUGAGCUCUUGGAUGAGCUGAUCAGUUUUGAUCGAUCCACACUGACCAAGAUCCUCGCCGUGUGUGCCUCCACGUUGCUGCUCGUCAGCAGCAUGUUGAUCUACCAGGAGGUCGCUGCUGGUCGGACGGACCUCGCGAUGAUCUAUGGAGGCUUCUUCCUCUUGGUGAUUGGAUUGGUUGCCUCUGUGGCCUUUGUUCUGCACGAGACCUCGCAGUUGGAGGCGGUGCAGAAAGCUGAGAAAAAAGGCGAAUAA